UCUUCUUCCACCGGAGAUGGAGAAAUAGCCGACCAGUUGAGUUAACAGUUUUCGUCGGAUAUCGAAGCGAAAUCCCUAAUUCCCCGAAACACCAAUUUCCCAAUUUAUCCGAUUCGAAAACAAACACGGUCUGGUAUGCCGAGAAAAUUCUCCAUUUCUACUUUUCUUAUACAUUUGUUUUGGUUGUUUCGUAGAUUUCUCUCAUCUUCUUCGAUUUUGUUCCCUCCCUAAAAAAAACAAAACAAAAAACGAUAAACCCUAGUUUCUGAGCCUGUUUCGAGUUCAGAUUUUUCCUUUAUUUCUGAGCUGAGCUGAUAUCAUUUGCAAGAACCUCAUGUCAGACGCUCGAGAUGUUGACGACCGUGUGGAUUUCGAGGAGGGUAGCUACAGUGAGAUGGAGGAUGAAGUGGAGGAGGAACAAGUAGAAGAAUAUGAAGAAGAGGAAGAAGAAGAAGACGACGAGGGUGAUGAUGGUGGCAAUCAAAUUGCAGAAGAACAUGAUGUGGAGGAUUAUGGUGAUAGAAAAGAAGGGGAUAGGGAAGAAGGUCAGGAAGAAUUAGGUGAAGAUGACGAUAACCAUAUUGAUAUUGAGACAGCGGACGAUGAAGAGAAAUCUGCAUCUCCUAUUGAUGAAGAAGAAAGGGAAAAGUAUUCCCAUCUUCUUUCACUUCCUCCUCAGGGUUCUGAAGUUUUCAUUGGCGGGCUCCCAAGGGAUGUUGGAGAAGAGGACCUGAGGGAUCUAUGUGAAGGAUUAGGCGAGAUCUUCGAGGUGAGACUGAUGAAAGAUAGGGACUCUGGCGAGAGCAAAGGCUAUGCUUUUGUAGCUUUCAAAACGAAAGACGUUGCACAAAAGGCAAUUGAGGAGUUGCACAGUAAAGAGUUUAAGGGAAAAACCAUAAGAUGCUCCCUUUCUGAAACAAAGAAUAGAUUAUUUAUUGGUAACAUCCCAAAGAGCUGGACUGAGGAUGAGUUUAGAAAAGUCAUAGAGGAUGUUGGUCCAGGAGUGGAGAACAUCGAGCUCAUAAAAGACCCAACAAAUUCCACUCGUAACCGUGGUUUUGCAUUUGUGUUAUACUAUAACACUGCAUGUGCUGAUUACUCAAGACAGAAAAUGAUAGAUUCUAAUUUUAAGCUUGAGGGUAACGCUCCAACUGUGACUUGGGCAGACCCGAAAAGCUCUCCUGAGCAUUCAGCUGCUGCUGCUCAGGUGAAAGCUCUUUAUGUGAAGAACAUUCCAGAGAAUACCUCAACAGAGGAACUAAAGGAACUCUUUCAAAGGCAUGGAGAAGUGACUAAAAUCGUCACGCCUCCUGGGAAAGGUGGAAAGCGUGAUUUUGGGUUCGUCCACUAUGCUGAAAGGUCUAGUGCAUUGAAGGCUGUCAAAGAUUCCGAGAGAUAUGAAAUCAACGGUCAACCGCUAGAAGUUGUGCUUGCUAAACCCCAGGCGGAAAGGAAACAUGACCCUUCUUCUUAUUCUUACGGAGCUACACCUACUCCUGCUCCCUUUGCGCAUCCUACGUUUGGUGGUUUUGCUGCGCCUCCUUAUGGUGCUAUGGGUGCUGGUUUGGGUAUUGCCGGUAGUUUUAAUCAGCCAAUGAUCUAUGGUAGAGGAGCAAUGCCAACAGGGAUGCAAAUGGUUCCAAUGCUUCUUCCCGAUGGCCGAGUUGGCUAUGUUCUGCAACAGCCUGGUAUGCAGAUGGCACCACCACCACGACCCAGAAGAGUUGACCGGAAUAACGGCUCAAGCGGAGGGUCAGGGAGAGAGAGCAGUCAUGAUCAUGAUGGUAACCGAGGAGGCCGAAGGUACCGACCCUACUAGCCAGCAAGCUAUAGAAAAAAGAAGCAAGUAGAAAAAGCUGUAUUGGAGAAUUUGUUUGUAGUUUGUUUCAUUUGAGAACUUUAAAAAAAGCUCUCUCUCAUGUGUUAUAAAUGUGAAAUCGAAACCUUACGGUUUCUAGUUUGAUAAGCAGAUUUUACUGAGGGGAUAGGAUUAAGUGAUAUGAUCUUAUUCUCUUAAAUUAUGGGACUUUUCUUUAUCUCUUCUGAAAUCUUAAUAAUACUUUUCUCAGUCA